AUGACGUUCGCCGUCCUCCACGCUCUCCACGCUAUCAUCGGCGACGCCAUCCUCGACAUCGAGCGCGUCUACAGGGACACGGGCACCACCCUCGCCCCCUCCGACGCCUCCUCCGUCCCUCCCUCGCCGUCCCCAUCCUCGUCCCCCUCGCCGUCUCUGUCGUCCUCACAGUUCUCUGCCCAGCCUCGAUCGACGUCGCCCUCUCUUCUCUCCUCGACGACCCUGGCGCCCUCCUCCGCACACACGCACAUACACGCCCCCCGCCCGCGCACGGCCUCCCCCCGCCUCCCGUCCAGCCCCAAUCUCCGCCCCACCCGCAUCCCUAGCCCGAUCCCGCGCACCCGCUCCCGCUCAAGCGCCCACGCGCACCUGCACCCGAGUCCCAAUCUGAGUCGAAGCCCGAGCCCGAGCCCCAGCAUCGCCGCGCCGCUUGACUUCCCCGCGCUCGACGCGCCCUGCGACCCCGCGAGCCCCGCCGAGGCGCUCACCGCCCACCCGGACGUCGCGAACGCCAUCUCCCGCAUCGUCGCCGCCGCCGGCCACCUCUCCGCCACCGUGCGCGCCCCUUUCCUCACCCUCUGCGACGCGAGCAUGGCAUACCACCUCCCGGCGUGCCUGCGCUUCCUCGAGGCCGCGCACAUCCCAGAGCUCCUCCGUGACGCGGGCCCCGCGGGCGUGCGGGCGUCACGCAUCGCGGAGCGCACGGGCGUCGACGAGACUAAGAUUGCGCACAUCCUGCGCCUGCUCGCGACGCAUCACGUCGUGCAGGAGGCUGCGCCGGACGCGUUCGCCAUGAACCGCGUGUCGUCGCUGCUCGAUACCGGCAAGGCGUUCGACGCCAUCGUCGCGUGGCCGGCGAAGAAAUAUGAAGACACGAACGGCACGGCCGCAUUUGUCGCGCUCAAGGUAGGAGAGGAUGAAGCGGCUGCGGCACGGAAGCGGAAGCGCGCGAGCCUGCCGCCGCAUCCGCGCACGGCGUUCCACCUCUCGCAGCGGACGGACGCGCACUUCUGGGCGUGGCUCGAGGCGCCGGGGAACGAGCGGCGACUGCGGCGGUUCGGGAGCGCGAUGGGGGGCAGUCGGGGCGCGCUGACCAAGUGCGCGUCUCGUUUAGCGUUCCCGUUCGACGCCCUCCCGCCAGGGUCACUGGUCGUCGACGUCGGAGGGGGGAUAGGGUCGACGUCGAUGCGGCUCGCGGAGGCGCACCCCGGGCUGCGGUUCGUUAUCCAGGACCGAGAGGCAGUGUGUGCGUUGGGGAUAGAGGCUUGGCGGGAGCGCUGCCCGGAGCUGAUCGAGUCGGGGAGAGCGACGUUCCAAGUGCACGAUUUCUUCACGCCGCAGCCGGUGCACGGUGCACCGCCCGCGGCGUUCAUUCUGCGAGUAAUCUGCCACGACUGGCCAGACGCGUUUGCGAGACGGAUCCUGCUGCAGCUGAGGAAGGCGGCCAGGGACGGGGGCGAGGGCGGGCGUCCGACGUACCUGGUGCUUGGGGAUCACGUGUUGCCAUACGCGUGCGCGCAAGCGGAGGAGAGGAGGGGGGGCGACGACAACGGUGAGGUGGGCGGAGGUGAAGGGGCGGAGGACGAGACGGAGCUGCGUCCGCUGAGGGGCGCGCGGUGGCCGCUGCUCGCGAACAUGGGCAAGGCAAGCGCGAGCGCGUAUUCGAUGGACCUGACAAUGCAGGUCACGUUUAACGGGCUAGAGCGCACGCUGCCGGAGCUGCGCGCGCUGCUCGCGUCGGCGGGGUGGCGCAUCGUGCGGGUGUCGAGG